AUGGAAGGAGACCAAGCACCACGAGGAUCCCACCGUCUCCGACCACGAAACACUAGAAGUCAAGCCGGACCGAGCACACCCCAUCGAUCGAGUCGAAACGUCACCCAUAACAAUGGUGGCCCAUCUGGAGUUGCGAGAUCAACACAACAAGAUGAAGAAUCCAUCGAAGAGGAUGACCUCUGUCCAAUUUGUCGUUUACUGCUCUACAGCCCAGUCAAAACAAGCUGCAACCACACCCUCUGCGCCUCCUGCAUGGCACACUGGGCCGACGUGUCGCUGAGCCAACAAAUGACCAUCGUCGACGUCGACGAGGAACCCGUCCCUUUCAAUCCGGUUUCAGGACUUGAAGCGCGCUGUCCCAUGUGCCGCACACAGACUAUUGCCACGCCGGAUGCUGCGAGGACCGAGGCUUUGAAAGCGAAGUAUCCCUCGCUUUGGGCGGAGAGGGAGGUGGAGGAGGAGGGGGAGGGGGAAAUGGGAGGGAUUCAGACGUUGACGGUAUAUGUGGGGAAUCGACAUAAGAUGGUGGAGAGCGAGGAUGCGAAUCAGCAUGAAUGGGCGUUUUUUGUGAAGCCCAGUCGCACGGAUAUUGUGGAGGAGGUGCAGUUUUUGUUGCAUCCCACGUUCCGUCCCAAUCGGGUCAUUCGCCAGAGAGCACCGUACGAGAUCCGUCGGCUGGGUUGGGGUGUCUUCACCCUCGUGGCCUAUGUCAUUCUCAAAGCGGGAUAUUCGUGGGUGUCAGAUGAUGCACAAGACUCUCCUGAUGGUGCGCCGAAGGGUAUGCUGCCGCUAGAAUGGACGUUGGACUUCAAUGGGUUUGGUGGCAAGGGCAGCAUGGGACGAUGUAGACUCAAGGUAAAGAAUGACCAUCGUGAGUGGGAGGACGAUGUGAGCGACGAAGAAGAGAGAGACAAUGCCGAGUGGGGACGAGUGAUGCGGGCGUACGAGAGGGAUGUCACAGGCUGA